GCCCAUUGAUUGGCUCAUGGAUUUGUGGUGACUGUGGUGUUGUGGUGGAAUAUUCCCAUGGAAAAAUAGUGUUAUUCGUUUUUAUUUUCUCGUUUAAAUGAAUAAUGUGUUGUUUUACAUCGUAUUUAAUGCCAAUCUGAUUACAUCACAUAAACUAUGAUAACUAAAAUGCAAACUCAAGCUAACGUCGCGGUGCCCCAAUCUGUCACGACUCAGCCUCAGCAAAUAGUCGGUGUCCCCGCAAAUGCCGUAAUAUUGAAGAUGUCUGACAUCCAGCAAAUAUCGACAGUCGGGCUUCUGGAGCUUGCGCACCGGGAGUACCAGGCGGGUGAUUACGAGAGUGCCGAGCUGCACUGCAUGCAGCUCUGGCGCCAGGACAGCUCCAACACAGGGGUUCUUCUGCUGCUCUCGUCCAUACACUUCCAGUGCCGACGGCUGGACAAGUCUGCGCACUUUUCGACGCUGGCGAUCAAGCAAAAUCCACUCUUGGCGGAAGCAUACAGCAAUCUCGGGAAUGUGUUCAAAGAGCGAGGCCAACUCCAAGAGGCUUUGGAGAACUACAGACACGCUGUCAGACUGAAGCCAGACUUCAUCGAUGGCUACAUUAAUCUGGCUGCGGCUCUUGUCGCAGCCGGGGAUAUGGAGCAGGCCGUGCAGGCUUACGUCACAGCGCUACAGUAUAAUCCUGACCUAUACUGCGUCAGGAGCGACCUGGGAAAUUUGCUCAAGGCGCUGGGACGUCUGGACGAGGCGAAGGCUUGUUACUUGAAGGCCAUCGAAACUAGGCCAGACUUUGCAGUGGCAUGGAGCAACUUGGGAUGUGUAUUUAACGCCCAGAGUGAGAUCUGGUUGGCCAUUCACCACUUUGAGAAGGCCGUGGCCUUGGAUCCCAACUUUUUGGACGCCUACAUUAACUUGGGGAAUGUUCUCAAGGAAGCAAGGAUUUUUGACAGGGCCGUAGCCGCCUAUCUACGCGCUUUAAACCUAUCACCAAACAACGCCGUCGUCCACGGCAACCUGGCCUGCGUCUACUACGAGCAGGGCUUGAUCGACCUGGCCGUAGACACGUACAGGAGAGCCAUAGAGCUCCAGCCCAACUUCCCUGACGCCUACUGCAACUUGGCGAACGCUUUGAAAGAGAAAGGCCAAGUCGCCGAUGCCGAAGAGUGCUAUAACACCGCUCUACGUCUCUGCCCCUCACACGCAGAUUCUCUCAACAAUUUAGCCAACAUCAAACGUGAACAAGGAUAUAUCGAGGAGGCUACGCGACUAUAUCUGAAGGCUUUAGAAGUCUUCCCAGAAUUCGCCGCAGCCCACAGCAAUUUAGCUUCCGUGCUGCAACAACAAGGCAAACUCAAUGAAGCUCUCAUGCAUUAUAAAGAGGCUAUCCGCAUCCAGCCAACAUUCGCGGAUGCUUACAGCAAUAUGGGUAACACGCUUAAAGAGAUGCAGGAUGUCGCAGGAGCGCUCCAGUGUUACACCAGAGCCAUCCAGAUUAACCCAGCCUUCGCAGACGCUCACAGCAAUCUCGCAAGCAUCCACAAAGACUCAGGGAACAUUCCUGAAGCCAUACAGUCCUAUAGAACCGCCUUGAAGCUGAAGCCUGACUUCCCUGAUGCGUAUUGCAAUCUAGCCCACUGCUUGCAAAUUGUAUGCGACUGGACGGACUAUGAAGCCCGAAUGAAGAAAUUAGUCAGCAUUGUUGCUGAGCAGUUGGACAAGAACAGGCUUCCGUCGGUCCAUCCGCAUCAUUCCAUGCUGUACCCACUAACACAUGACUUUAGAAAGGCUAUCGCCGCACGCCACGCAAAUCUUUGCUUAGAGAAAGUCCAAGUACUACACAAACCUACAUACAAAUUCCCUCGCGAUCUCCAAGGACGUCUUCGUAUCGGUUACGUGAGCAGUGAUUUUGGAAACCAUCCCACAUCGCAUUUAAUGCAAUCUGUGCCUGGCUUGCAUGACCGUAACAAGGUUGAGAUCUUCUGCUACGCUCUAAGCACUGAUGACGGCACAACAUUCCGUUCUAAAAUCGCUAGAGAAGCUGAACACUUCAUAGAUCUAUCCCAAAUGCCGUGCAACGGAAAGGCUGCUGACAAAAUCUACGGAGACGGCAUCCAUAUCCUUGUAAACAUGAAUGGGUACACUAAAGGAGCUAGGAAUGAAAUAUUCGCACUCCGACCCGCGCCUGUCCAAGUUAUGUGGCUGGGUUACCCAGGUACCAGUGGAGCUAGCUACAUGGACUAUCUAGUAACCGACGCCGUCACAUCUCCGUUAGAACUAGCCAGCCAAUACAGCGAGAAGCUCGCAUAUAUGCCUAAUACAUACUUCGUUGGUGAUCAUAAGCAAAUGUUCCCUCAUUUACAAGAGCGUCUAAUCUUAAGUGACAAAAUCAAGUCUCACAACAACCUGGGCAGCCUAGCAGAUAAUGUAGCCGUGAUCAAUGCUACAGAUCUAUCGCCUUUAGUGGAGAAUACCGAUAUUAAGGAGAUUAAAGAAAUAGUGAGGGCUGCUCGACCCGUGGAGAUAUCGCUGAAAGUAGCAGAAUUACCGACAACCACGCCUAUUGAGACUAUGAUUGCUUCCGGACAAGUUCAGACUUCAGUAAACGGUGUAAUACUCCAAAACGGCCUGGCAACCACGCAAACCAACAACAAAGCGGCAACCGGCGAAGAAGUACCGCAAUCCAUCGUAAUCACCACCCGACAACAAUACGGCCUGCCCGACGACGCUGUUGUAUACUGCAACUUUAACCAACUGUACAAAAUAGACCCGCUAACGCUACAUAUGUGGGUGUACAUACUGAAGCAUGUACCAAACAGUGUGCUGUGGUUGCUGAGGUUCCCUGCAGUCGGCGAGCCGAACCUGCAGGCCACGGCUCAACAGUUAGGACUGCCACCCGGCCGCAUAAUCUUCUCGAACGUAGCCGCUAAAGAAGAGCACGUACGGCGAGGACAACUAGCUGACGUAUGCCUGGACACUCCCCUGUGCAACGGACACACCACCAGCAUGGACAUCCUGUGGACCGGGACCCCGGUCGUCACUCUACCCGGAGAGACGUUAGCGUCCAGAGUGGCAGCUUCUCAACUCAACACACUGGGGUGCCCAGAGUUAAUAGCUAGGACGAGGCAAGAAUAUCAAGACAUAGCUGUAAGAUUAGGAACCGAUAGAGAAUAUUUAAAAGGCAUCCGUGCGAAAGUAUGGGCGGCGCGAAUGGAGAGUCCGCUGUUCGACUGCAAGGCGUACGCCACCGGCCUCGAGAUGCUCUACCACGCCAUGUGGGAGCGCCACGCGCGCGGCGAGCGGCCCGACCACCUCGCCGCCGUCGACAACCAGGCGGACCGGGAGCGUAUUAUGUACAGUGCCACUGAACGUUAGUGUUGCUUAACACAUUAACUGAGUUUCAACUUUAAUCCUUACAUGAUAAGGGUUUUUUUGAAAUGGCAAUGCUUUUUUAACGUGUUAAAAUGCAUCAAAUCUCAAUCCAAAAGCGAUAGUGUAGAAGUUUCGCGGACAAAUGUUUUUGGUGCGUUAGUGUUAAUUAAUGCAAGUGGUAAAGAUCAAAGAUUAUUUCACCUUGUUAAAAUAAUUUAUGCCUCAUCGUGAUGAUAACGUGAUGUUGUUAUGAGCUCAUAAAUCUCGUGCGUUUGAUUGUUAAUCUUGCAAUGACAUCAUAAACGUUAAUAUUGUAAUUUUCCUAGUACCUAUUGUGGUAUGUUACAAUGAAGGUGUUAAAUAUGAUCUGAAUUACGCAUCCCGGUUUCAUGCUAGUUGAUCAGUGUCAGUGGUUAAAGACAAUUUUAAAGUGUGACGUUAGAACUGAGUAAAUAUAAGUGUGACAAUAUCCUAAUGGCGUUAUUCAUAAACGCCAGUUAAGUCUAAAAAGCCCUUGAUAAUCGUUUGUCCUUACCGUCAUUUUGGCAAUUAAUGUGUUAGAAAGGGAUAGAAUUUAACAAAGGUUUGCUAAGUUUUAUCAAUACGGGGGUUAGAUUUCCUCCACUGCUUGUGGGAACCAGCCGGCCUAGCCAAGGUUACAAUCGCUAUUGCUUCCACAACGAAAAGCAUUAUGUCUCUCUAUCACUCUUCCAUAUUAGCGCGACAGUGACAGUUGCGUUUCGAUCACUACGGAGCGUAAGCGAUUGGCAUCUUGGCUACGCCGCCAGUCUACUUAGUUUUUCUAGUCAAUCGCUUGAGUAAUCUCCAUUUGGGCCGAUUUUUAUUUGUUAUCGAUUUCUUCUCGUUAGAUUUCGAUUAAAUUUGGCUGGUUUGAAGAGCUCCUCAUUCUGGGCGGGAUAAAUGCCAAAUUGGCACAAAAAAAUGUAAUUUACCGUUGAGUUACGUUUUCGUAACUCAGAGGAAGAUUUUGUAGGAGAUAUAAUACGCACGGACGUAAUAUUGUGCUUAUAUUGCACAGAAUAGAAAACUAUCCACCAUAUUAUAUUGAAAUCUAACGAAUAGAAAAAUUCGCCAACAAUAAAAAACGGCCAAUUUAUUGCGCAGAUAUAUUUUUCGACGCUAAAAGUAUAUAGUAAUAGAAAUGUGGCCUUUUAGGCAGCAGAUUGCUGUUUUAACUGUUACUUCUUUUCUGUGCGACAUACUCAUAAAAUGAAUCAGUCACUUUGAAGAUAAAAUAUUGACUGCAUGUGUUCGAAUGAAACAAUGUUUGGUUUCAUUGUUAUUUUUACUGUUGAUAAUAUUGACAGGUGUCGCAUAUUUUCGUAGAAAUGCGAUUUUUUUUAUGUAUUGUACAAAAUGGAUUCCACAAACGUUUUGUAAAUGCUUUGAUAAGCAAAGUUACGAGACAUUUGAAGAUGCCAAAAUAAAAUGUUAAUUAAUUAGUAUGAACUAUACAUUCGAAAUCCGGUACCACAAUGAAUAUUUGAGUGUUUGUAAAGUCUGCUCUUAAAGACCAUUAGUGAUUGUGGUUUGUGACAACUUUUGCACAAAUUUGACGAAAAGUAACUCGUUCUUUGCUAGAAAGUAUGAAGUUAUGUCAUAUUAUGCCUAAUAAUAGUCUUUGAAGUUAAUGACGGCUACAGAUGUUAAAGUUCCCAAAUAGUUAUCGAAAAUUUCACAGAAAACAAAGGAAAAUUUCUUCUUAGAAAUGGAAAAUUUCAAUGUGAGAAUCUUCGGAAAAUUUUCGACGUUAAAAUUUCGCAAUUUUGGAAAACUUCACUAAUGAUGGCUGUUCAAAUGUUCGAACAAUACCUACCUACGAUAUCAUUGGGGCUACAUAAGUAAGACUGAACAUGAUCCCAAUCUGCAACUGACAAUUUACGUUCAUUAGUUCAAUUUAACUAUUAGUCACUCAGUGGGUUUCUUCCUAUAGUUGUUAAGAUAGGGGACGCUAAAGUAUUGUGAUAGUAUAUCUAAUGGCUAUGUAUUAUACAUUGUUAUUAGACAAUUGUGAUGUUAUUUCUCAAUAUUCGACAUCUGCCGUUGUAAUAGCUCUGGAUAUUUGUUUUGUAGCGUGCGUCAACGAAUUUAACAUACCUAGUUUGUGCCUUUGGUUAAUUUAAAGAUUUUGUAAAUAUUAUCAACUAAGGAUGUUUUCUUUGAUACCAUGCCACCAUGAAUUAUGUUUAACAUCUGUUAACUACUGAUAUAUGUACCUAAUAUAAAGAGUAGGUCCUUUUAUGUAAAUUAACUCUUUGAACGCCAUGCCUAUAGUGCGCGGGCGCGUCAUUGUGAACCUUGUGGGUAAGCAACGAAGGUUGAUAUUGGGAUGCAGCCUCGCGCGUUCAUCGACGUCUUUGGCAGUCAACUUUAAAGUGUGUUAAAAUUGCAUUUAAGCAUCGCUUUCUUGAAUUACACGCUGUUCGUAAUCUAUUACAUGUAUCUUGGUUUACUAAAGAGGUAUAUUUUUUUACAUUUCAGUAUUUUCGGCUAGGUAAUCGAGACAUGGCACAAUGAAGUUUCGAGUGGACGAAUUGUAAUUCUUGACUAUUUAUUGCGUACAAAUGAGUUGAUAAGUUGAUAGUGUGACAAACCCAGUUGAUACCUUUGUAACUUGCGGUUGAUUUUAUUGUAAAUAGUUAAUAUUUAAGGAUAGAAAUAAAAAACAAAAUAAUGAAA